CCAUCGGAGCCGGAGGGGGCGGGUGUAACUCCAUUGAACCGGACGCUAUAUCCUUAUGUUCAACUGCUUCCGGAGUUUUGCUGCUGACUGACCCCGGCGUGAAGGAGUAGUAUCUUGUAAGGACAAACCCGUGGUCUAUUUUACUAAACGUGUCCCCGCUCCUCGCCCCUCGCCCCUCGCCCCUCGGUGCUCCCUGAUGGGCGGCUGGUCCCGCGCGGCGGUCCUGGCGCUCUACCGCUCUCUACUCCGGGCCGGGCGCCGCCUGACCUUCACCGACCGCGACUUCUACCGCCGCGCCGUCGCCCGCGAGUUCCGCCGCUGCCAGGCGCUCACGGCGCCGGGGGACCGCGAGGCCGCGCUCCGGAGGGGCCAGUUCUUCCUCAGCAGCCGAUUGGGCGGACUGAUGUAGGAGGCGGGGCUCGGAGGUCAUCUGCAAGUGCGACUUGAGGCUGUGGAUCUUACAGGUGGGUUUGAGGGCGGUCACUGGUCCCACUGGU